UCUCACUCUGUUUCCCCCCCCCCCACCAGGAACAUUGCUUUUGCUUGCCAGUAUGUUUGUACUAGUGGAAAUGACAGAUACUGUGCGAAUACCUCCAUGGCAAUUUGAAAGGAAGCUUAAUGAUGCCAUCACAGAAGAAUUAAACAAGAAGCUAGCAAAUAAGGUUGUAUAUAAUGUUGGCCUCUGUAUUUGUCUAUAUGACAUCACAAAGCUGGAAGAUUCCUACAUAUUUCCAGGAGAUGGAGCAUCACACACAAAAGUGCAUUUUCGGUAUGUUGUGUUUCACCCUUUUCUGGAUGAAAUUCUGGUUGGAGAAAUAAAAGGCUGCAGUCUGGAAGGAGUCCGUGUUUCUCUUGGAUUUUUUGAUGACAUCAUCAUUCCUCCAGAAUCUUUACAGCAACCUGCCAAGUUUGAUGAAGCUGAGCAGGUGUGGGUCUGGGAAUAUGAGACUGAAGAAGGAGCCCAUGACCUGUAUAUGGAUACAGGGGAGGAGGUCCGUUUCCGUGUUGUGGAUGAGACCUUCAUUGAUACAUCCCCAACAGGCCCAAGCUCUGCACAGCCUUCUACCUCUGGUGCUGCAGAUGAGGCCCAGAAAAAGGAGGCUCCCUAUACUCUUGUGGGAUCAAUCAGUGAACCUGGUCUGGGCCUCCUAUCCUGGUGGACGAACAGUUAACCAAUGGGAGAGACUAUUCUGCACCAUGAAAUCUUGCAAACUGAAAAAGCCUACAUUAUCUUCUAUGGAUGAUGCCAGUGAAAAGACAACUUUGUUCACUUCUGCUUUACACUAGGUCCACAUCAAUCUGAGUGGGAGCAUCUAGUAUAAUAUCUGCAAUAGAAGAAAGAUCUAUGAAGCUCUGACAGCAAACACUCAAAAGAUUCUUAUCCCUCUAAUAAGUGGGACUGUAAAUGUUCUCAAGAUAACUUCAUCUUGGAAAAAUGGUUAAAGCAGAUACAUAAUUCUCAAUUAGAGUUUUUAAAGGAGGGAAGUAUUUCAUGCUGCUCCUUUCCAUUUCAUAAAAUGAUGGAAAUGGGAUGUUGGGACAGCGUUUAUUCCAUUUCCCCCAUUAGGACUGAGAUUCUUCCAUUAGCCAGGAGUGUCUGGGAAAGCAAUGAUCUAGCCCUUCAAGAUUGACAGACCUUGGUGAGGAAGGCUCAGGCAGGGAUCUGGCCCACAAGAAGACUGAAAUGUUCUCAAUAGGACCCUAAGUGAGUGCCCUUCCUAAUCAUACUGUUUUCUGGGAAAACACAUACCUACCAUUGUGUUUAGCUGCGAUAUUCCAUGGAUUUGGGUGGGCAAUAUUGUCUUCUGUAAACAAGACCUCCUGAAAGUAACCAGAAGGCUGCUGACCCAUCUACAUAUACCUGCUUUCAUGCUGAAGCAGGAUGGAAAAUCUCAGUAUCUGUUUGCUGGUUUUCUGUAUUAGGAGGUAGAUGGUUCUAGAAAAGCUUUUUUCCCCUGGCCAUUUGAAUGUGGUUACAGAAGUUGACAGUGGGUGCUCUAUCUCUAACUUCUAAGUAGAAAAUAAUCACUUCCAAUUGGAGAAGCAGUGAUGUAGGAAUGAAGCCUUUAAGAGAUUAGGCACUUGGCAAAGGGCCAUAUCUGAUAUUUAUAGCAAAUUUCUGUGUCUUGUUGCUGAAUUAGUUUCUAGAGGAAGUUUUGAGAGAGCCUCUAAAGCACCUUAGACUCUGUUCAGCUGAAAUCCUAAUAAAACUUGAUAAUGAAUUUUCCAUUCAUAUUUAUACUGUGUAGUGAUGGCUAGAGAGUUUUAGAAAUGGUUGUGUAGACAUUUCAAAAACUUUGAAACACAAACUGGAGAGUCUUGAUUAUUGGAAAGGAAGGGUAACUGUAUAAUAAGUGAAUACCAUAUUUACUGAAAAGGAAGACACCCCCCCCCCAUAUUAUGCACCCAAAAAUGUUGUUAUAGGCUAUAACUAUGAUUUGUAUGGGAAUGUAAGAUGACCUCUCUCCCCCCUCCUUGUUUUAAUGGCAUAUCUGGGUAAUUUAAUUCAGUACAGUAAUGUAUGGAUUAUUGCAGUUCCUAUUGGUGUUACUUCCUUUUCAGUGAGCAGAGCUUUUUUUGUAAUGUAUGUUUGAAUGUGUACCACUGCUCGUGAAAUUCAUAAACAUUUAACUACA